GGUUCCAGAAAGGGUAGACAGUGCAGUGUCUCCUGCUUGUUCUGAACCCCCUCUUCUCCUCCAGAGGACAAGCUGGACGCGGACUACAUUGAGAGGUGCCUGGGCCAUCUCACACCCAUGCAGGAGAGCUGCCUGGUCCAGCUGAGACGCUGGCUGCAGGAGACCCACAAAGGCAAGAUCCCCAAAGAUGAACACAUCCUUCGCUUCCUGCGGGCUCGAGACUUCCACCUGGACAGGGCCCGCGAGAUGCUGUGCCAGUCCUUGAGCUGGCGAGAGCAGCACCAGGUGGACCUCCUCCUAGAGACCUGGCGACCCCCCGCCCUCCUGGAGGAGUUCUACGCCGGGGGCUGGCACUACCAUGACGUAGACGGCCGCCCACUGUACAUCCUGCGUCUGGGCCACAUGGACACCAAGGGCUUGAUGAAGGCUGUGGGGGAGGAGGCGCUGCUGCAGCAGAUUCUUUCCGUCAAUGAAGAAGGACAGAAGCGGUGUGAAGGGAACACGAAACAGUUUGGCCGUCCCAUCAGCUCCUGGACCUGCCUGGUGGAUCUGGAGGGUCUCAGCCUGCGGCACCUGUGGCGGCCAGGGGUGAAGGCCCUGCUGCGCAUGAUCGAGGUGGUGGAGGGCAAUUACCCCGAGACCCUGGGCCGGCUGCUCAUCGUGCGAGCCCCCCGCGUCUUCCCUGUGCUCUGGACGCUGAUCAGCCCCUUCAUCAACGAGAAUACCAGGCAGAAGUUCCUCAUCUACAGCGGCAGCAAUUACCAGGGUCCCGGAGGCCUUGUCGAUUAUCUGGACAAAGAUGUGAUUCCCGACUUCCUUGGGGGAGAGUGCCUGUGUAACGUCCCUGAAGGAGGACUGGUCCCCAAGUCCCUGUAUCUGACGGAGGAGGAUCAGGAGCACGAAGACCAGCUGCGGCAGUGGAGAGAAACCUACCACUCGGCCAGCGUGCUCCGUGGGGCCCCCCACGAGGUGACCGUGGAGAUUCUGGAGAGGGAGUCAGUCAUCACCUGGGACUUCGACAUCCUCCGCGGGGACGUGGUGUUCAGUCUGUACCACGCCAAGCAGGCGCUCACACUGGGCCCCCGGGAGCCUGGGGCCAGGGCCGGCGGGCAGCUAACGGACAGAGGCUGGGCCCUGGGUGCAGAUUUCAGCUGCGUGGAGGCCCCCCUCAUCUGCCGGGAAGGGGAGAGCAUCCAGGGCUCCCACGUGACCCGGUGGCCUGGCGUCUACCUGCUGCAGUGGCGAAUGCACAGCCCCCCUGCCCCCGCGGCCUGCAGCCUCCCGGGUGCAGAGGAUGUCCUGACGGCCGUGCACAGCCCCGGCCCCAGGUGCAAACUCCUCUACUACUACGAGGUGCUGGCAUCUGAGGACUUCAGGUACGGGGCCCCCAGCUCCCCGCCCCCACCGCCGGGCCAGGCCCGCAGCACGCCCGAGCUGUUAGACGGGGACCACCGGAGCCCCUACGUCACGCAGUUGUCCUGA